UGUCAGCAGGUGACUGUCAGUGACUGUCUGCUUGACUGUCUGUGACUGGGGAGCCUGACUGUGUCGUUCACUGAUCUUGGUCAUAUUGAUUCACAUGAGGAGAUGACGAGGAGCUGACACACCCGAGCACUACAACUUGGUGUGUUAUGAACAUGGAACAGAGGAUGAUGGAGGGUGGGGUGGUGGGCAGUGAUCCACCUGUGGCACCACCAACAGUCAAACUUGGGUGGAGAGAGCACCUCACGUCAUCAUGGCUUGCCGAGGACUGCCAAGCUAUAGCCUUCAGUGACUCCACACUUGUCCUCUACGACAGACUCCUGGAGAACAAGGAGGUGGUUGUGGUGGCAGGUCCUGGCUGUGUGAUGCGUGGGGGCCCACAGUUUGCAGACUAUGAACCAGAGCCUCCUUCACCUGAACCAACUUAGUCAUGUCAAUGCUCUCCUGGCUUCACAGGCAGCUCUUGCUCGCUCCACCGCUGCACAACCGAGGUUCUCUGCACUACUACACAAGAGACUGAUCGUGCUGCAGAGAAUAUACCAUGCAUUGUCUCACAGCUUCCACCAGGGUGCACGGGAGAGAGAUCGGGCAUUAACUGGCACGGGCGACCGAGGACCAUCAACGGAGGUUGAGGGCGGCGGUGCCUCCCUGUCAGCAAAUGAGGCCCUGGUAGAGCUUGGGGUGCACACAGGCCUGUCCCUCCUCUUCUCCAUCCUCAGACUCGGCUGGAUGAAUAACAGCGGUGGCAGCCUGUGCUCGGAGGUGCUAGGAACGGCCGUAUCUGUGGUUCAAGCACUGCCGCCUUUGUCACUGGCAGUGGAGUCCAAACUACCACGGGUGGGUCUUGCGUCCCUCUCGCAGCUCACCUCCUUCCUUGGUGAGACUGCUAAGCCUUCAUCUCCUGCUGAUGCAACAGGUCGUAAGCUGAGUGCAGAGCUGCUGUUGGGGUUGAGCCUUCAGAGAGGCUCCCUGCGCUACUUGCUGGAGUGGGUACACAUGGCUCUUAAUGCUGCCACCACCGCUGCUCACGACUCCAGUGACGGCACCUGCAUCAGCAACACCUGUCUGCAGGAGGUGAUGAACUCAUUAGCCCAGAGUGGUGAAGGGAUGAUUGGUGUAGUGCCAGCUGUGUCACACCCAGAUGGCACUGUGCCUCUCUACCACGCUUCUCUCAUCCUCAUGGAGAAACUCUCACUUCUGGCUUGUGAAUAUGCUCGCACGUGUAUUGGGGACCCCUGCGAGGAGGUGGCAGAAAGCAGUGAAUCCUGUGACGUGUACGUCUGGGGCAGCAACUCUUCCCGCCAACUAGCAGAGGGCACACAGGACAAGAUCGUGUCUCCCAAGCUAACUCAUGCCUUCAGUAGUGUGCAACAGGUCGAGGCUGGUCAAUAUUGCACCUUUGUCGUCCACAAAGAUGGCGGGAUCAGUGCGUGUGGCAAGGGAAGUUACGGCCGCCUAGGUCUCGGAGACUCAAAUAACCAAGCCUCACCGAGAAGACUCAAUCUGGACUCGAGAGUAAGAAGAGUUUCGUCUUCAAAGGGGAGCGACGGUCAUACCAUAGCACUGUCGACAACAGGCCAAGUCUACACGUGGGGCGAUGGUGACUAUGGAAAACUUGGCCAUGGAAAUAAUGCGACACAGAAAUACCCGAGACUGAUCGCUGGACCACUGACGGGCAAGGUGGUGCGGUGGGUGUCAGCAGGUUACCGCCACUCAGCCUGUGUCACUCAGGAAGGGGAGCUCUUCACCUGGGGAGAGGGAGAUUAUGGCAGACUUGGUCACGGAGACAGUACAAGCCGAAAUGUGCCUACACUGGUGCGGGACAUCUCGGGGGUGGGUCAGGUGGUGUGCGGCAGUGCCCACACACUGGCUCUGUCGGCCGAUGGUAGAACCGUGUGGUCAUUUGGAUCUGGUGACCACGGUAAACUUGGACAUGGGGACACGGCCAAGGUGUAUCGACCUCGUGUCAUAGAGGCUCUGCAGGGCCUGACAAUACGCAAGCUGACCACGGGCACACAGGUGUCAUUUGCACUUGCGGCUCAUGGACAGGUCCAGGGAGGUGACAACGCACAUUUUCAGGUCUGGGUGUGGGGCACUGGUCCUUGUCUGGCCUUAGGGUCAGCAGAGGCCACAAUGCUGAGGCCACGGCCAAUUGAAGAUCUGGCGGGGCUACGGAUCGUCGACAUAUCUGCCGGUGACUCGCACGUGCUGGCACUAACACAUGAGUCUGAGGUUUACGCAUGGGGUUCCAACACCAUGGGUCAGUGUGGGCAGGGCCAUACUGUGUCACCCAUACCCAGACCCAAAAAAGUGAUGGGGCUAGAUGUUGCUGUUCAUCAGAUUAGUGCUGGAACUACACACUCCAUUGCAUGGACAGCUAUACCAACAGACAGACGUGUGGUAUCGUGGCAUCGUCCUUUCUGUGUUGACCUACAAGAGGGCACCUUCUCCUUGCUGAGAACCUUCAUUGAGCUCUACUGUUGUUUUGAUGACAUGAAGAACCCAAUCAAACCAUUUGAUUCUUUGAGGGAUCAGGAGAAGUUUGUGUUGUUGUGUUUACAGUUGCUGAACACCCACCUGUCAUUAGCUCUGACUGGUGGCAUGACACAAGGUGUGCUUGGCUCUGAGGCAGCACCUCUCAGGGAACUAUUGUUCAGGCUAGUUGAUGCCAAGUUGCCUUGGGCUAUAGAAGCAGGAGUGUGUGAGGGUCUGAGUUCACCUUUAUUGCUGCCACCACUGGCCUCACGUAUGAGUCUUCUAUACUGCCUUUUACCCAAGUCACCGGAGGACUGGGGACGCCUCUCACGUGGUCAGCGUCUACAGUUGGGUAUAUUAGUUGAGAGUCUGGAGGAACACAGCCAUGUAGCAGCACUACUUGGAUAUGGUUCACCAGAUGAUACUCCGGCUUCUCUUCAUGACCCCUCCAUCACCUUACCCAGAGACCUGAUGCACACACUACUGGCCAACCUCAGAUUUCAUGCUGAACAUCAGCUUAACCAGAUCCUUGAAGAAGAGAAGCCAGGUAAGAAAACAUUUGUUAAAGGCAAGAAUGUUGUGCUACAAGAUGGCUGUGUGGUGAGCAGUGACUUGAUCUCUCAAAAAGCACCGCCUCAGGAGAACAAUGCGGAGAAUCAGGAAUGCACUGUCCCUCCUCAGCUGCUUGAGGCUCAUCCAAAGUGGUCAAUGGCAUCAACAGGGGUUGAUGACCGGGAAGGACAAGACAGUUACCAAGACGACUGUGAUACUACACGUCAGUACAUAGACUCCCAACUUGGUGGCACUCACCCUCAGCAUCUACUUCGGCUUCUCUCUAACCUUCAUUCACAUCUCUUGGCUUAUUGUACACAUCACCAGUCUGAGGAGAAUUCAGCAAGUAUGAGACUUUUGUACCAACACUUGGGAGAACUGUUUGAGAUGUGUGGUGAGCUGCUGAGUCGGACAUCAAGGCUUCUUGCCUCCCAUCCUGGAUUGGCUCAUCUCAUCCAUGACGUUGUGUAUCGCAGCGUGUGUGGGUGGGUGUUGGCCCACGUGGUGUACGCCUUGCUGCUCUUCCCAGCAAGGUUGGUUCGACCGCUUCUAGGACCACUAAGAGCCAUUCUUCCUAUCCUUGACUCUACAAACCGAACAAUAGCAUCAGUCACUUCCUUUACUGAUCAAGAGGAUGUUACAUCAGAGGUGGACACCCCAACUCCAGACACAGUCAAGAGUGUGGGAGGAGGAGUGGUGGGGCGUCAGUGGGCCUGGCUCUUGGACGUGGAGCGAGCGUGCGGGCUGGUGGUUGGACGGUGCCUGGAGGGAAUGUUGCUGGGGCCGCCUCUAACAUCCAAUGAGUUGAGGAGCAAACCUUGGCUCUCCAUGGAACUCUUCUCCUGUGGUUUGGCUGUUGAAAAUUUAUGUCCAGAAAAAGUCAGUGUAUCCAUUGGUCAUAUAUUGAGUAUAUUGGAGUGUGGGAAGGAGGUAAUCGUGGAAGCCUUGCAUAACUUUGCUUCAACCUACACACAACUCACAACCCCUCUCAUCACUGUUCUUGAAUCAAAGAGUCAAGUGAUGCUGUGGAUGGAUGAGAUGGCAUGUGGUGAGGACUGGGACACUUGUGAGGUGAAAGAAGAUGUCCUCUUAGACAUUACCACACAGUUACUGCUCUCAACAUUCCUCAUGCACACCAGUAUCUCUCAGACACAACUCGGGCUCCACCACAGCUUUAUAAUGAAGGAAUUAUUCAGGCUGGUUUAUCACAUCAGGCGCCGGCUGGUCACUCUCAAGACUCAGGAAACUUCAGAAGUUGAUGAGAGUUCAAAAACAGUACCAGAGACAACUCAAGAGGAGGAACGUGUGAGAGUGGAAAUUGUGGAACAAAUGUUGUCUCUGAGAGUACCAAUAAAUCAUGAGCCAGAGGACCAGGAAGAAGUUCGGGAGCUGCGAGAGCGGCUGAUGGCCAUGAGGAGUCCUCGAACGUAUGAAGACCAAGAUGCAGAGGAGAGUGGCCAGGAGGCUGUAGAGGAAGGUGUGAGCUAUGAGGCCGCUAAUCUACACAUAAUAACUCAGUGUUUGCUGCUCAUGAUGGCCAUCAAGCCUGCACCAUUACUACCAAAAUCCUGUGUUCAUCUAUCAAGCCAAGAGGUAUUAAGUGUGGUGAUGAGACGUUGUAUAGAGAUUCUGAGGUUUGCUGGAGCAGAGGACCACCAGUUGUCUGCUCUCAAGACUACUACUAAUCUGCCUCCUGGACCUGAUGUUCUCCUCGCGUCCAUGACAACUCAGCAGACACGAGCAGAGUCACGGUUAGAUGCAUUGGAGCUGAUGCUGACUCUACUGACACCCGCACAAGAUGGGGAGAAGAGCGAGGAGGAAACUAAACAACAUAUUGCCCUGGAAAAAGCCUGUGGAUCUCUCUUACCUUCAGUGUAUCACGAGGUUAUGACUGGAUGCUUUGGCCUGGAGAGUCUGUGGAACAGCAGUAGCUACUCUCUGGUGCGAUCACUGGAAGCCACACACUACCUGGACGGUAUCCGGGCAGCCAGCCGGCCCACACAGCAACAGAUAGCCACCACUGUUCACAUCAUUUACCGCCAUCUUGUGACAUCUUUACUACAGCAUGAACAGCCAGAUAAAGGACUUCGGGAACGCCUGUGUCUGCUGACCAUAUUUGCUCUGAGUGUGCGGUAUGAAGCUUCUGAUCUGAGCCUGGCUGUGUCAAGUGGCCUUCUUGAUGCCUUAGUGAGGAUGUGUUGCCCUUAUGAUCCCCCCACCCUGCGCCACACUCCACACCCCUCCCCGUCAGAUCUUCUGCCUCAUGCAGCUCACACACUCUUUCAGAUACUUACUAUUUUAACAGGGUAUUAUGCAGAAGACAUCAGUGAGUCAGUCCUCUCUCAGGUUAUGAAUCUUUUACACCUACAAGUUGAGGACCUGGUCAACCACAUCAUUAAGGCAAAUGAAUUUACAUGGAAGAACUUGAUGCAGCAAGACGUCACUCUUCCCGAUGAAAAGACCACAGAGUUUAAAGGAGCGGAGACCGACGAGACGGAGAGGAAAGUUAUGGAUAUAAGUGAUGUGGGUGAAAAAGAUAAGAAAGCAGGUCAGAGGAAAUUAGAAUUACGUCUUACUGGGCUCAAUGCUGACCAGAACAGUAACGUUGCCGAUGCUCGCAAAAGGCGACAUUUGGAAGUGACUUUGGGCAAUCUUCUCGUGUUUGUGAGGCGGCUGUGUGUGAACCAGCGGGUGAGAGUCCUCGUGGGUCGUCAGCCGUGGGUCCGCCUUCUGCUGCUGGUGACCGGAGAGCAGGCUGAAUCUCACCUUCCUCAGGUCAUUAGUGUAAGAACUCGAGUGCUAGCAUUGACUCUACUGGGUGCAACAUUACCAUAUUCCGAUCUUGACCUAGAGGCUCGGGAACAGGUUGUAAGACAGCUGUUCAUGCAGCUGGCAGCUAAUAUGUGGGUUAUACCAUCUGCUCAAGCCCACCUUAAGGCAAGCCAAUUGCUGACUGAACUGCAGAGACAUCUUGUAAGACUGUCCAGUCCAGAAUUGAUGGAUGAACAAUCAAGACCAGAUUCUCCUGAUGACAGUCUGCCAGUUCAAGAAGUAGGCUUUGAUCCUGACAAGUCUGUUUGUUGCUCAGUGGAGGGAGGACACACCUUAGUUCAUAUCCCAGGUGGACGUGGCUAUGGUCUAGGGUCCACUCCCAUUACCUCGGGCUGUUAUCAGUGGAAAUUUCUCAUUGUCAAAGAGAACCGGGGUAAUGAAGGAACGUGUGUUGGUGUCUCAAAAUAUCCAGUUCGCGAUUACAGCCACAGGACUUCCUCGGACAUGUGGCUUUAUAGAGCCUACUCGGGAAAUCUGUACCACAAUGGGGAACUAAGUGUGUCCUUACCAGGUUUUACACAAGGGGAUUACAUCACAGUGGUGCUGGAUAUGGAGGCCAGAACUCUCAGCUUUGGCAAGAACGGAGAAGAACCACGGCUUGCAUUUGAAAAUAUUGAUGCCCCGGAGCUUUAUCCAUGUGUCAUGUUCUAUAGCACAAACCCUGGUGAGAAAGUAAAGAUGGUGGACAUGCAAGUUAGAGGUUCACCACGAGACCUUGAUCCCGGGGACCCGCUGUGUGCCCCUCAAGCUGCCGUCUUAGCAGAAGCCCACAUUGCUCUACUCCGGCAGCUCCACGAAGCCUCAGUUUGGACGCAACAGGUUAACGAUUGUAUAAUUGAACGUCUUAAUCAGACAAAAGAACUCAUACCGCAGCCAAAAGAUCUUCACGAAAGUAUCGAAACAGCUUCUAAAAGUGAAUCGGAAACUGAAGAAGUUACUUCUGAAUAUGAACCUUCCACAGAUGAUGGUAACGAAGGGCACGUCCUGACACUAGAUGAAAGACUUGAACAAGAAGAGAGGGCAAAGAAGAAAUUUGGAUCAUGUUCUGACGAUGACGACAGAAACAACCAAAGAACAGACAAAAACCUGGAACAAGAUCGUGACCUCUUGGAUGGAAGGACGGGCACUGCUAAAGGGAAAUUAUGUAAACAAAACCUUGUUUAUGAGAUGAACUUGGAACAGCUCUGUAAAGAAGUAUAUCCCGCUCUUGCCAUGAUCGGUGGCGUAGACAGUGGGUUACGUGUAGGGAGUCAGUGUAUCCAGAAGGGGACAGGAAGAAGAGCCAUGGUGUUGGGAGCAUUGCGUCAAGGUCACCCUGCAGUUAAGGUACAAUGGUGUGACUGGGAUACAAGUAUUAGUGACAUAGCUGUGGCACUGCUGGAGCCAGUUGAACCACCACCAUUUGAUGUUUCAAAAAUAACCGGAUUAACAGCUCAAGUUAUUACUCAGAUCAUGAGGCUUGCAGGACUCACCCAAGAGGUUGAAUUUCCCAAAGUGACUUACAAUCAUGAGACUGAUGAGCUGCAGACAUCAUCCAUUGGCAGUCUUGUGUCUCCUCAUGUGCCUCAGUCCUUGCCGGCCACCACAGCCAACUCACGAGGACCAUCACACACAUCCAGUCCACACAAAGACUCCAGAGUCAGCUCUGAUGGCAUGACGAUGGAGUUGCUGACUGAUCAGUUAGUUACAAACAUCAUGGAUGAGGUGACGGGCCGCUCGCUUGACUCCUCAGAUCGUCAUGAGCCUCCACAACCACCACACCGGGGGUCUUCCUUGACUGGAGAGUUGAGUCAAGAGGAAGGCAUGGCGCUCCGCUUGGCUUUCCUUCAGAGUGCCAGUCUGCGGGCCAUAUGUGCCAUCAUGAAUUGUCCACGUUAUGCCGAGAUGCUCCUCGUACCAAAGUCUGUGCAGGAAAAGGAUGGAGGAGAGAAGGGGAGCUCAGUGUCACUCCUACAUGAAGAAGAUGAGAUACGCACAGCCAUAAGAGUACUGGUGAAGUGUAUGGUGUCUGCUUGUACUCAGCCUCAGCCACUCAAGAGACAAGUGAGUGUGGCAGAGGUAGAGCGGUCACAUCUGGUAUUACACAACAUGUCCAUGAGGGCGUGGGCCGAGGACAGCCUUAGCGUGGCCGACACCCAGUCUCGUAUCAUGGCUCUAACAGCCAACGAGGAGAGGAUCUCAGACCAGAUUGUUGAAGUAACAGAGCGGCAACAGAAUAUAUCGGACUUACAAUCUGCCACUGCUGAUGUUAGAGUCCCCAAACGUCCCAUACCAUCCCUUGGCCUUCCCAUCACCGUUCCUUGUGCUCCUGCUACAUACCCAGGAGUGGAGAUGCGUUCAGCAUUGAUUGAUAGAGCUGAUAUUCAAGAUCUUAGCGGCAGACGAAGUAAUGCAGGAAUUCUUCGUAGAGGCUGUGUCGAUAUAAGAUCUUUUAUGGUGCCCACUAGACCUUCAGGAAGAGGAUUAGACAGCAGAGACACUGAAAGCUCACGGCAACACCAACACUCGUAGUGAAGGUCGUUUUAGAUAUGGUCGCACAGUUUUUGAAGAUCGGCACCGUGGCUCUGAUGACACUAUAGGUACCUUACCGAAUGAGAUAGACCAGUGGUUGUGUAGUUCUCUGGGGUUGGACGUAAUA